GCAUUUUCGUAACAAGUAACAUCGCAGUAUGGCGUCGCGGCCAACACACGUGGCUUGAUACCUUCUCAUUUAUUUCUCUCAUCGUGAAACAUUUCAUUUGAUUUCCCCACUUCAUUUCCCGCACAUUUUAUCCUUCAUCAAGUUUGAGAUGGGCCGCUGCCGUACAAGACGACAUUACAAUAAGGGAAACAACCGAGAUAAGUGGCAGCCAAAGAGUUACCAGCUCACUGUACGACAUAAUGAGCUUUUUCAGAAAUAUUACCAAGGACUUGGAAUUGUACCCGAUGGGGAAUGGGACCAGUUCUAUGGUCAUCUCAAAGAAAGCCUUCCUGUAUCAUUCCGGUUUACUGGUUUCAAAAGGCAAUCAAGAGUUCUGUUGAAUAUCAUCAAAACACAGUACUUUGAGAAGUUAGUUGACAUUGAAUCUGAAGAUGGGAAACCCAUUCAGCCCUUGAAAUGUAUGGAAUGGUAUCCUGAUGAGUUGGGCUGGCAACUGAAUUUCUCUCGCAAAGAAGUACGCAACAACACUGCUUUGGAGAAACUGCAUAAAUUCCUCAUUUCUGAGACAGAAAGUGGAAAUAUCAGCCGUCAAGAAGCUGUCAGUAUGAUUCCUCCAAUAUUACUUGAUGUGAAACCUCAUCACAAGGUAUUGGAUUUGUGUGCUGCCCCAGGAUCCAAGACAGCCCAGUUAAUAGAAUUUCUACAUGCUGACGAGAACAAAACCAUUCCAGAUGGCUUCGUUGUGGCUAAUGAUGUUGACAAUAAACGCUGCUACAUGAUGGUACAUCAGGUGAAGCGUUUGCAGAGUCCAUGUUGUGUUGUAGUCAACCAUGAUGCUGCUACUAUGCCAAACUUGAGAAUGUCUCCCAAUAGCCCUGAUUUUGUUUCUUAUGACAGAGUUUUGGCUGAUGUUCCCUGCAGUGGAGAUGGAACACUUCGCAAGAAUCUUGAUGUCUGGGAUACCUGGCACCCUGCACAUGGACCUACACUUCAUGGCUUACAAGCCCGGAUUCUGAAACGGGGUCUUGAACUCCUUACUGUGGGAGGCCGGCUUGUGUACUCCACCUGUUCCUUUAAUCCUGUUGAAAAUGAGGCUGUUGUGGUAGACUUGUUACAGAGAUGCGAAGGUGCCUUAGAACUAGUUGAUGUCAGUGAAUGUUUAAAGGGCCUAAAAGCUAUGCCAGGAUUGCUGACCUGGAGAUGUAUGAGCAGAAGUGGUGACUGGUAUGACAAAUAUGAAGAAGUACCUCCAAAACUACUUUCCCAACUCAGGCCAAGCAUGUUCCCUCCAUCUGAAGAAAUAACAAAACAGUUCAAUUUGAACCGCUGUUUACGAGUAUUGCCCCAUCAUCAGAACACUGGGGGAUUUUUCAUUGCUGUGAUGAUGAAGAAACAGCAGUUGCCAUGGUUGCGCCAAAUAGCACCAACAAAAGAUCCAUUUCUGAAGGGACACAAAUUUGCAACUGACAAUCCGACAGAAAAGAAGCAAGAUGAUACGAACAUUUCUCAGAGUAAAACUGAUGAUGGUCAGAAAAAACUGCCUGAAGAGGUUUCAGGUGGACAAAGUCAAACUUCUGAAGAAGGUGUUGUAAUUGAGAAAACAAAUACUGAAAUUGUUUCUAGCAAUCAAAAUCAUAACAGUGAACAAGUGGCUAGCAGUGAAGGUAAAAGUGAUAAAGAGAUGUCUGAUAAAAGUGGAGGUGAUAGUAAUGCUUCUGCCGUCCCUCAUGACUCCACUGACAAAGCUGAAGCAACUUCUCAAGAAAAACGCAAACUAGAAAAUGACAGGUAUUUCUGCUUAUCUGAUUUUUGCAAUUAUAAUCUUAUAAACUGUGUGGUAAGAAGCUUGCUUCCCAACCACAUGGUUUUGGGUUCAGUCAUAAUAAAUGUUGGAGUUAAAAUGUUUGGCCGUAGUCCGUCUCCACUUGUUCCUCAGUGUGACUUCAGAAUAAAUCAGGAGGGCUUAGCAUGCCUGCACCAGUAUUUCCCAUUAAGACGUGUAACCAUUGCCAAAGAAGACGUUAUCACACUCCUUGGGCAAGAAAACCCCUACUUGUCCAAGCUAAGUGAUGUCUGUUACAAACAGGUGACAUCGUUGGAACCUGGAAGUUGUAUCUUUAUCUUUGAACCAACAGAAAGUGAUCCACAACCAGAAUGUCAACUGAUCUUUUGUGGUUGGAAAGGUAAAACUUCAGUCCGUUCAUUUGUGGGGAAACAUGAACGAGCUCAUUAUCUUAGGCUGUGUGGAGUAGAAUUUGAAGAUUUACGUAAAGAGGCUCAAGCAAAAACUGAGCAGAAUACAGAAAAUAUGGACAAUGUCAAUGCUAAUGAUACUGCUGCUGUUGAUGGUAAUGAUUCUGAAGAGGAAAUAGAAAAGGAAGAUGCAAAGAAGGUGAAGCCAGACGUGAAGGAGGAGGAAGAAAUCAAAAAGGAAGGUGUGAAGAAAGAGAAGGACUCCAAAGAUGGUUUGGUUGGCAAUGAUGUACCUCCAGAAGUGAUGGAGGUAGAUGCAGAGACUCCAUCGUCAACUAAACCUUCAAAUUAGAACUCCUGUAUUCAUUACAUCAUAUUCAUCAUUCUUGAUGCAUUUAAGAUGUCAUCUAAAAAGGAAUAAAAAAAAAAAUUAUUAAAAUC